AUGAAUAUUAAAUUAAAUAGAAAAAAGAAAAUAUAUUUAAUAACUUUUUUUAUUAUAUGUGCCAUCGUUCUUAUUGUAACACCAUCGGCCUAUUAUGGUGUGAGAAAUAAGAGGGAUUCCCACGAUCGAUCUAAUCAACCGGAAGAUAUAACUCCAAAUACAACAGAUACACCAUCGCCAUCACCAUCACCAUCACCAUCACCAUCGCCAACACCAAAACCAUAUCCAGCACGACCAAUGAUUGUUCCUUGGCCAGAUUAUAUCACUUACCAAAUGAAUAGCUUGGUGAUUUCCAACCAAUUCCAGCUGCGUAUUGUCAACUCGAAAUCCGACAUUUUGGCACAAGCUGUUCAGAGAUAUCAAGAACUGUUGCCACUCGACUAUGUUGCCUGGACAAUCAACCCAGAGUUACCGCUGUUAAAUGCUUGUACAGUCAGUGUUGGAUCCGACAAUGAAAAUCUUUUUCUCGGUGUCGACGAAUCGUAUCAUUUGGAAAUCACUGUCGAUCAAGUAUGCAGCCUCUAUUCCCCAACUGUUUUCGGUGCACUCCGUGGUCUUGAAACCAUUUCACAGCUGUUCGUUCUGAAUGGAACAACCGGUAGUUUGGUUUUCAACUACUAUCCAGUGUUGAUCAAAGACAAACCUCGAUUCCCACAUCGUGGAGUGAUGUUGGAUACCUCCCGUCACUUCUAUCCGGUUCCAACUAUCAAGCAAUUCAUUGACACCCUGUCCUACGCCAAAAUGAAUGUUUUCCAUUGGCAUUUGGUUGAUGCCAACUCCUUCCCGAUGGAGAGUAAAGUCUAUCCAAAUAUGACAAUGGGUGCAUUCAAUGGCUUUGAAAUCUACCGUCAAUCUGAGAUCCUAGAUGUCAUUGAAUACGCCAAGUAUCGUGGAAUCCGUGUGAUGCCAGAGAUAGAUGUACCGGGUCAUGCAACUUCCUGGGGAUUCGCUUUUCCUGAGGUGCUUCCGGAUGACUUUAAAUCGAUGGACAACUGUCAUUCCGAUAGAUACACAUGGGACAAUGUUCCACUGGAUCCAACCAAGCCAAAAUCACUGGAAGUCGCCACUGCACUCAUUAAAGAAACAAUGAAUUUAUUUAAUGAUGAAUUCAUUCAUAUCGGUGGUGAUGAAGUCGAUAGAAAUUGCUGGCAGAGCAAACAAAUCCAACAAUGGAUGAAUGACAAUGGAUUCAAAGGAUUCGACGAUUUGGAGCGUUGGUUCGACAGCAAGAUUCAAAACACAGUGAUCGACAACAAGAAAAGUCCAGUCGUCUGGGAAGAUUCUUUCUUUUUAUUCGGUAAACAUUUAGGUAACAAUUCAGUGGUGGAUGUUAAGUUACCCAAAGAAACAAUUAUCCAUCUCUAUCACAACUUGUCGUUGUCCUCCGAUAUUGUAUCGCAAGGCUAUCGUGUCAUCGUAUCGAAUGCAUGGUCAUGGUACUUGGAUCUCAGACAGCCAUGGCAAGUCUAUUACGCCAAUGAGAUAUCUCAGUGGAUCGACAAUGACGAUGCCAAACAAGUGUCGUUGCUACUCGGUGGUGAGACAUGCCUGUGGAGUGAGAACGCCGACGUCACCACCCUCUACAAGAAAGUCUGGCCAAAGAGCGGAGCGGCAGCCGAGCGACUCUGGUCCAAGGCGUCACUCAACGACACCGAAGAAUUCGAACCACGACUAAAGUCAUUCAAUUGUCAUCUCUACUACCGUGGUUUCGGUGUAACUCAAACCGAUAUCUUACCAGGAUCUUGUUUCGAGUCCAAUUUCGUAAACACCUACCAAAUGGCUCAUCAAUAA